AUGACAGCCGUAGCUUCUACCUACUAUCGGCUGCAUGUGUCAGCUAAGGAUGAAUCCUCGCACAAUUUAAUAACAGUCAUAACAAAAGCCUUCAACAUCUUCAAGAACCAAGAAGACUUAGUAAAAGUCAAUAAGGAUGAGAUUCGUGUGAUGAACGGCAUGAGAUUCCUUACUGCAGUCAUUAUUGUAGGCAUACAUGUAAUGUUCUACAUGUCCAUAUCUGGUAUAGGCAAUUUAAUGGAUGUUGAUGCGUUUUUGGAAAGCUUUGGUGGACUACUUCUUCACUUUGAUCUCUUUGUGGAUACAUUUUUCACUAUAUCUGGACUACUGCAUAUCAAGGGAUUAAUGGGAAAAAGGCAGAAUCUACUUAAUGUGCUUCUGAAACGGUAUAUAAGGUUAAUAGGACCAUUCGCGCUAAUAGUCUUCUACUUAAUAUCAGUAUCGAAGCAUCUUAGCUCGACUCCAGCCUGGCUAGGAUUGGAGGAGACAGAAGUUUGUGAACAGCACUGGCUGAAGAGUUUACUCAUGAUGAAUUCAGACGUGAAGGACAUUUGUCAUGAUGUGACUUGGUAUUUAGCCUGUGAUUACCAGCUGGCAAUCCUGGGGACUCUACUCUUCUACUUCUAUCAAAGGAACAGGAGUUUUGGAUUUGUAUCUUACGCAAUUAUUGCAGUCUUGUCCAUGAUCAUUCCUGGAGCGCUGACAUACUUGUUCCAGUUACCUGGGGUUCUUUUUAAAGAUUAUGGAAAGUACGUGAUCCACUAUCGUGAGGCUUGGGAGCACAGUUUAGUGUACACACCGGCCUUCAGCCGUGCUAGUCCAUACAUCGUGGGCGUCGCUAUGGGAUACUUCAUGUCCAUCUAUAAACCUGCUGACUAUAGGAAAUCUGUUUCUAAAGAAUGGUCUAUUAUUGGCGUUGCAGUGAGUUUUGUCCUGAUGAUAGUCACAAUGGCUCUCGCCUAUAUACUCAGAAUACGAGGACACGACCCCAUAGAUGCCGCCAUCACCGCAGCCACUAAUAGGAUCUUCUGGGCUGUAGCCAUCUGCUGCAUUAUAGGGAUGUGUGAAUAUGGAACAAUCCCUAUAGUCUCCCAUAUCCUGGGCUGGUCCGCGUUCACGCCUCUCAGUCGACUGUCCUACGGCAUUUAUAUGACACACUCCCUCAUCAUACAGAGGUACAAGCUUGCACAAAGGUCGGCUCAUCUCUUCGAUUUCUUUUGCUUGAUUUAUGACGUUGUAGGGACUGUGGGGCUAUCAAUAGGACUAAGUUACGCAAUGUGGCUGUUUGUGGAGGCGCCACUGAUCAACAUCACCAACCAUUUCUUCUUCAACAAGUCAAAGAACGUGCAACCAGAUAAAAAUCGUGGUGAGAAUGGAAUCCAGCAUCAGAAUGGAGUUAUUAGGACUAAAGUUAUGUUAAAUGGAAUUCAAGCAAACAAAAGUCAUGACGAGAAUGGAAUCCAACAUCACAAUGGAAUAGCUAAAACCAAAGUCUCAUAA